GUUGACGUCAUGGGUUUUUCUUAUAAACUUUUGCUUAAUCAACCCAGUGCAGGCGAAAACCAGCACGACGAAGAAGUCUCCGAGUUUGAAUUAAUAUAUUUGAAAGCGUGACCAGUUUUCUACGUUGCGUACAAAUGCUGUAACUAUUUCUUCAACGACGUAACAAUGCUGCUGGAUAACGAGUAUGAUCUUUUAGCCACUUCCAAGGAACCGAACCUUCGUCCGCCGGUCCCGCUACCUCUCAGUCGACGCCCCCUGCCGCCUGUUCCCAACACUCCCGAGAAGGAGCAGGAACGGCUGAUCAAGCUACACCAACAGCAGUUAUCUGACGUGAAGAAUUUCCUCUUCAACUGGCAGCCCCUUAUUUGCACGAUUAUCCCAGUGGUCCGGUGGACACACACCUGGCAUCCCUUGCUGAUCUUGAGUUUUAACGUGGCAGCUUUCAUGACCUUUCGGUUCUUGCGAAUGUCGGCAAUCUCGCUUGGUUGUUUGAUGGGAAUGGGUGUGGCUCUAGGGGAAUUACUGAUUCCUAUUGUGUAUAGGUCGAUGCUGGGGCCCUUCAAAACUAGGGAUGAGCGAAAAAAUUCAGAGUUUGAUGCUUUUUGUGCAGCGCUGGUAGAUGCCAAAGCAAAACUUGGACUGAUCUGCGCCAGUUUGAAACGAACGCGGGAGGCCUUCCCACAGUUCUUCGCCACCGGAAUCUGUGUACUGCUUCUUUUUGCCGCCAUACUGUUCAACAGUCUGGGCGAUUUUGUCAGCCUGUUUAUUGGCAGUACCAUGACAUUGUUAUUACCUGGAUUUCUUUUGAAUAAUUAUCAUGUUAAGAUGCAGAGGUUCUUUCAGUGUUUUUGGAGGAGCUCCGCUGUCAGCGCGCAGGUCAAACCCGCUGCCCAAUAGGAACAUUAUAAUGCUGGCUCGCUCGUGUAAAUAACGCAGGUCCGUUGUUGUACUGCACUACUUGGUUGAAUUUUUGCGGUGGUUUGCCCAACUUGGCCGUGUAAAACGGUGUAAUGGGUCGGUCGGACUUGCAGUUUCAGCUUAUCUGUACAAUUAGAUCCGUAUGGCUGUGUGAUUGUGGCGCUUUUUAAUUUACCCUGAAAUUCACAAACAUUCUUUCAAACGAUUCAGUUAAAAGGAAGAUCGUUAUUACCAUGAGACGCGAAUAUGAGCACAGCAGCUACGCAGGGAGAUUGCUAAUUUGCCGCUGUAGCUGGUUUUACUGGCAAAGGAAACGAUGGUGUGCAUUAAAGGCUUAAAAACUCUACAACAAGUCUGUAUUACCACAUAAAAUUGUUGAAUUUGAUUCAAUCGACAUAAAAAUUUAAUAUUAUAAUAUGACUAUUGCCUCUGUCAAAUAGUAAAUCGAUAACAACGAUGACACCGAAGCUUCCGCUUUAUUUGGUUAUAGUAUACAAAACAGUUUACCUAUGUAGAUGACGUUUUCCGAGAGUAAAAAUAACGGUGCGAAUAUCUGCAUUUCGGUAGUGGUCAGGGUUUAACGCAUCUGCGAUCCAUAGUAUUCGUCACUAUAAAUUGUGAUACUUAUUGAUAGUUCUUCGUCUUCAAACUGCUGUGUCUUCUUUAAACGAUCAUGCAAGAUCGGAGCUUGUUGGCCGUAUCGGUUGUACUUGCGAUUAGCAGCCAUUUGGGCGGAGUUUGCAGUAUCAAAUGCUACUUUUGUCAGGACGUGGUGGAAGGCCGCGCUCAACCCAAUAAGGCAAUGUACGGACCGCAAUGUUCCAGUGCCGGAAAUAGCAUGAUAUGUCCCAAACCAGACAGUUUUUGUGAGCAGAAGAUUGAGAUCUACGUUGCACCCAGCAAUCAAACGACGAUAGCAUACCAGAGUUGCGGCUAUGAACCGCCGGACGCCAGCAAACAGUGCACGCGCACGGACCGCUGGGACGCCAAGGGUAAUCUGGUCUCUAGUGCAUACAUUUGUAAAACGUUCUGCAACAACACGGAUUUGUGCAAUGUGCCGGACAAGGGCCGGGACAGUGCGGCGGCAUUGCAAGAAAGGAUGGCGUCCAGUUCUUCAGCAUGCCGAAGCCAUAUAAUUUUGGAUUGUGUACUGUGGGUUAUUUCUUUGUUAGCCGUUAGAAGAGGCUUUCAGUGAGACCGUCUGCGGCUUGCUAUUACCAAGUUGUGUCAUAUAAUUUUCGCACAAGUAGACAGUCACCAAGUUAUGGUCGUAGUUUGAUCUUGUGUAGAACGUCGUGAAGUACUGCCUUUUUUCUAAUUUUCGUUAGUGUUUUUGUUUUUGGUGUAUCAGAAAACCCACCAGGUGCUGUUG